UUCGGCGCCAUUUUGCCGCCGGAGGGGGGAGAGGAGCGCCGUGCCGGGCCGGCCCCGCCAUGCCGCACUACCAGGCCUGGGAGGAGUUCACGCGCGCCGCCGAGAAGCUCUACCUCGCCGACCCCAUGAAGGUGCGGGUUGUUCUCAAAUACCGACACUGUGAUGGGAACCUCUGUAUUAAAGUAACAGACGAUGUAGCUUGUUUGCUGUAUAGAACAGACCAGGCGCAAGACGUAAAGAAGAUCGAGAAAUUCCACAGUCAGCUAAUGCGACUCAUGGUGGCGAAGGAGUCCCGCAGUGCUGCCAUGGAAACAGACUGAAUUGCUGAAAAUAAAAUGAGUACUCCAGUCAUAUUUCACUGGAAGAAAAUAUCUCGGAUUUGAACAAAUACUGGGACAGGAGAUGCUUUUACCUACUGAGCAGACCGAUGACAAGUCUGAAGCAUUUUUCUCCCCCAGACUCCACUUUGGAAAACUAGGAAAAGAAAUGCUUUCAAUGGAAAGCUUAUAUUUAUUUUUGGGAAUUGAACAAGAAACUAUUCUUAGACAUUAGGUAUGCUAAGAUGGCAAGUAAAUAUUUUAAAUCUACAGUACUUUAGUUGAAUUUGAUGGAUCACAAGCAUAUUUCUGGAAAGUUACUAUAAAAUUUCAUAUAGAUGUCAUU